GGUACUGUGGGACCCACCAACCAUGUGCCCUUCUUCCUGUCUCCACCAGCUCCUGCCGCUCAAUGAUUAGCACUCUUCUCCCUCUCUCUCCUCUUCCGUGUAAAAAUUUUAAUUCCAAAUUCUUCUUCUUUCAAAACUUUUGGUGGUGUCUUUUAAUCUCCGAUAACCCGAAACAGCAGUGGCAAUCUUUUUAGUUUGAAGCAAAAACUUAAAGAAGAAAAAAAAAAAAAAAGGUAAAGGGGAAUUUGGAGUAAGAGUGUAGCGGUCCUUCCCAUGUCAAAUUCAGAGGGUGGUGCUACAAACGGAGCUAUAAUGGACCCUCAGAGACAACAAGCGCCGGGCAACGGUUCCCUCGUCGUCAAAAAACCUCCUUCCAAAGACCGUCACAGCAAAGUCGAUGGUCGUGGAAGAAGAAUCAGGAUGCCAAUCAUUUGUGCCGCUCGUGUUUUCCAGUUGACUCGUGAGUUGGGUCACAAGUCCGAUGGUCAGACUAUUGAGUGGCUGUUACGCCAAGCUGAACCUUCCAUAGUAGCCGCCACUGGUACUGGAACAACUCCCGCCAGCUUCUCCAGCGUGUCGGCUUCCGUCCGCGGCGGAGCUAAUUCUACUUCUUUACCGUCCAUGACUUCUUCGUCUUUGGAUCAAAAGCCUCUACAAGGCCCCACCCCUUUUAUACUCGGGAAACGUGUCAGGUCCGACGAUGAUAACGCCGGAAAGGACGAUUCCGGAGGGGUCACAGUUGGCCCAGGCGUGGGGUCCAUUGUGGGACCCGCUGGGACACACACAGGUGGGUUCUGGGCUGUUCCGGCGAGGUCCGACUUUGGUCAAUUAUGGAGCUUCGCGCCCCCGCCUCCACCGGAGAUGGUGGUACAAACGGCUGCUGUUGCUGCUGCGGCGGCUCAGCAACCAGCCGCUGCGUUGUUCGUCCAGCAACAGCAAGCGAUGGGAGAAGCGUCGGCGGCGAGGGUUGGCAAUUAUCUUCCUAGUCAUUUAAAUUUGUUAGCCUCGUUGUCGGGUCCUCCAGGAAGUUCGGGUCGGAGAGGCGAGGAUCCUCGUUGAAUUGUGGUGGACCAUUUUACCCUUAUUGUUGUUGGGAGUAUAUAAAUUUAUAUGAAUAUAUAUAGAUUCUAUAAAUAUGUGUAUGGUUGUUGUUUUCAUGUGUGUGGAUGUGGAAGAGGAUCUUUAGUUGGAAUUUUAGGGUUAGGGGAUUAGGGUUUCGAGGGGAUAAUUUGGAUGAUGAAUGGAUUCAAAUUAGGGUUUUUUCUUAGCACUUUUAUUUGAUGUGAUUAAUUAGGGUUUUAGACCGUUCACAAUUGUUUAGGAUUUUGAGGGUUUAUGUUGGAGAAGGAGAGGGGAGUCAAGAAUUAGGGCGUGGGUGACUGAGAUUUUGCGACCGGCCGCUUGCUGAAUUUGGGGAUUUCCAGAAUUGGGGAUUUCUUUUGUGAUUUGUCAAGUUUGGUAAUAAUUUUUUUUUUUUUGAGAAAAUAGGGUGCUAUUAUUUCUCUUUGCUUUUGUGCGAGGUCUUGCUGAUUUCUUUCUGAUUUGAAGAAACCGUGGAGGUUUAUUUCCCAUGUUGAAAGAGGUUGUAAACCUGUAUUUGAAGAAUUCAUUGCUUUUCCGCGUUGGCAAGUUCUUCCAUAAUUCAUGAUGAUAUAGCAAUGAUGAACGUGCAAAGCGAGUUGAAUCUUAGUUGUGGAUUGUGCUUGAUUUACACAUUAUUGGAAUUUGAGUUUGUUAACAAAAAUUGGAUGACCGGGAUGCUGAAAACCAGAGCUUUGCUCUGUAUGACACCGUGCUUGGCUUGAUGUUGUCGACAUAUGGUCUCCCUAAAUAUGCUGGAAUUCCCUUUAUUGCUAAUGAUGUUUGAGAAUUAUUAGUUUCAUUGCUGCCAUGUGGCGUAGCCUAGCAUUGUUUAUGGUUCUUAAGUGCAAGCUCAUGAUAUGCCAUGGACGUGGGUUGAUCUGGCCCUUUCUCUUCUGCUUUCACUGUCUAUGUUGAUCACAUGAUCUCAAAGGAGACUGCCGUGUGAAAGAUAAAGGCUCUGGUUCCUUUCUGUAAGACCUCUGUUUUGGAAAAUUUUAGCUGUAUUCUUAUCCAUUUCUUAGAUUUAUCAGCGUGCAAAUAAUGUGUUUUCAUGUAUGUAAGUGGAUUGUUUUUGGGUGCCUGUUGUGUGAAUAAAAGAC